AACCAAUCAGAGCAGCUGUAACAUUUCAGGUCAACUGGAUCAAAACAUGGAUAGACAUGGCUGAAAUGAGUACGAUUGUGGAAGGAAACGUGAAAUACAGGGACGGAAAAAAGUGGAAGCCAAGAUGGUGCGUUAUGAAAAAGCCAUCGCCAGUUGCGGAUCGCUUGAUUGUCCAUCUGUUCAAGGAUGUAAAGGAAUCAGUAAAGGGAGGCAAUCCAAAGACCACUUUCCCAUUGGAUGGCUUCUAUGGUUUGGAGUCUGGAAUCUGUUAUGACAAAGAGACAAGCGUUCUAGCCAUAAUAUGUCAGAAACAGAUAACAUUACUGGCGUUUGACUCCCGAGAAACACUCAUACAGUUCGAGAUCAAAAUCAGAAGGAGCCUAGGUGAAGAACACCAGUUUCCAGUACGCACCAUCAAGGUUCCUAGUCACAGCAAGUUACCGUUGGAUCUUCUUCGUAUGCAUAUACAUGGUCAGAAAUUCUGUCUCACAGGGCAUAUACCACCAAAAAUUCUGUGUUCAUGGCAGGUAUCAGAGCUACGAAGAUUUGGAACUAUAGACGGCAAAUUCUGUUUUGAAGGUGGUUCUAGAUGUGGAAAAGGUCAGGGAUCUCAUGUGCUACAAACAGAUCAAGUCGAGGAGAUAUCAGAAAUCAUCUCACAUGCUAGUAUUGGAAAGUCUGCUCCACUCAUCAAGAGACAAACUGGAAAGAGAAGAAGUGAGUUUCUGGACCAAGUGAAGCAUGUUGUCAGUGACAACGUGUUCAAGAAGUUCCAGAACACCCAGGUGUUUGCCGACCAGAAUUACCAGGAGGACAAUUCUUGGCCACGCUACAAACGCCACUCAAUUAGCUUUACUGACUACAGACGUGCCAAAACCUACACUGAGAAACAGCGCCUGCAAAGCAUAGAAAAUGUAGAAAAGGAACGGCUUAUGGCAAUUUAUGAUGUCCCACCUAGAAGAAUCAGGAAAGUUGAGCAUACGCCAAGUAAUAAUGAGAACACAUCAGCUGUACGAAGUUAUGAUGUGAAUUUCAAUGCUUUAAGGAACUUUAAUACACAAAAUUCUCAAAGGAAUGAAAAUUAUUUAAACUGGACAGGAGAGUUCAAUAACAAUGUAAUGUCAUAUCAGGUUCCCACGACAACAACAGUUACUAACCAGUCAGAAACAACGACAACUGCUAGUAAUCUAUCUGAUACAAUCUCAUCUCACGGAAGUGUCGUGUCUCUACAAAGUCUCAGUUCAUCACAAAGCACGGUUCCAAUGUCAUCGAGUGCACCUGUACUAUGUGGCUAUGGCAACCAGUCAUUCAGCAGUCAUAAUAAACAGCAAAGUCAGUCAGUGCCCAAUCAGAUUGCAGAAGAAGUAGAUCGUGUGACCAGCAGUGACAAAAGGGACGAGGUGAUGAGGAGGUUAAAGCAAACUGAACAAGAUCUGGAGAAGGAAAUGUCACUCCUUGAUGAAAUGUUACAGAUAUGUCAGAGAUCUGAAAGUGCUUGUGACGAUGAAAAGGGGAACCAAAAACCCCCUCCACUUCCUGUGAAGUUAUCCCAGUUGCGUAAUUUCAUGGAGAGCCAGGAUGCUAGGGGUUCUCUUGACAAUCUUAGUAUUUCAUCUGACAACACACACUGCCGGCCUUCACACCACUCUGGAUACUCAGCAAGCAUUCUGCUAAGUCCUAAUCUUGUGAAUAAACUAAAAAAGAUUCCAAAAAAGUCAAAAAUGAGUGCACCACUUCCAUAUGUGAAUUUAUCCAAGUAUGAUGGGGGAGACUAUGAUUCAAAUCAUGUUCAUAUACGGGCAGGUUCCACCUCAGCUCCAGAUGGAGGAAGCUCAUGGAGUGACCUUCAGAGAGCAAGGUCAAAAGGAUAUGAUAAUGUGAGAACUGAAAGAGAUUCAAAUAAAGAGAACAAUAGGAUAUCCGUAUCACUGCCGGGUAGUAGUGAAAAUCUGAGAGGGAUGUGUGGGUCUGACUUACAAAUUAAUAGGAGAAGCCGUAAUCAUAGUUUUUCCAAUGAACCCAUUUAUGCAAAUGAGCGAUGUGAAACUCCACCUCCAGAACUGCCACCAAAGGGACCAGUGUUAAAGAGUAAACAGAGACUAAGUGCAGCAUCCCGACCACCCGCUCCACCCAGACCACCAGACAGGCAACCAUCAUGGCAUCAACGACAGAACAAACAAAAAUCACAAUAUCAGAGUCCAAAACCCUCAGCUUACACUGUCUCAUUGAAUUCUAGUCAACAGGAGGACUACUUCCUCAUGGGAAAUUUUGAGAGAGAACCAACUCAUUGUAGAAUUGACUAUUCAGAAUCUCAAAGGUUGAAUGAAUCUUUAAAUGGUCGAACUGUAGUAAAUCUGCCUCCAAGGGACCAAAACUCUACAAAAAUGGACCCAAAUGGUUGUUACAUGGAUAUGACUGGGAUUAAUGACCUUGAAAGGUCAAGGUCUAUUGAUUGUGACCUUUCACCAAGACCAAAAUAUGUAAGGUCAUUUAGUGCUUCUGGAAUAGUAGGCCCUUCGAUUGAUUCUCAGAAAGCUUCGCCAAGACCAGAGACAAUAAGUGCUGGAAAUUCUCCAAAAGAACCUAGGCGAGAGAUUCCAAUAAGGGAAGAGAAUUAUAUGCUGAUGUCAACGGUCAAGCAAAAAAGACCAGUAAUUGAUAAUCUUAGGUCAUUGUCAGAAUAUAUGAAUAGUUCAAAAGUAAAUUCUAGUUUGUCUGAGAGUUCUGCAGAUGAUAGUGUUCAUAACAAUGUUUCAUUUGGUGCUGAAGAUUUUAAUAACAGUUUGAGACAAGGAUAUACCAACGAAAACAAUGAUAAGGAUGUUGGCAUAGAGAUGCCUUUUGACAACUUGAUAGAGUUCACACUACCUCCUGACAAUGUAAAAGAUUUAAAGUCUGUGCAAUCAAAUGUGAACACAGAGAAAAAUGAGAACUCCAGUACAAAAACUCCGGGUUUUUUCUCACGAUUGAUGAGACGUAAUUCCAAAGACAGGAAGUGUGUGUCUCAAAGUCACGAAAAUCUGUUAUCAUCUGUUUCAAGUGAGCCCACCAUCAAAGAGGAUACAGCUAUGUUGACUUUGACAGAUUCAUCGGGUUCAGAAGAGAAUAGUAGAGCCCAAAGUCAGCAAGAUUUGGUGUUUGAACCAACUGAUAGGAACAGGUCAUCGAGCUUUCCUAAUCGCUCAAGUUAUAUAGCAAUGAAUGAGAGUAACUCAAGCUCUUCCACAGGGAUAUCAAUUCUAUCUCAACAGUCUGAUCUUGGAGCUACAAACUCUUCUCUAAACAGCUGUGGCACAGUGUCUACACGAGCAAGUAGCAAUGAAGGGCAACUCAAUGAAAGUAUAAACACUGGUGAAAAUAUGUUAAGUGAUUCUGAAAAGGAAAUAACCAAAGGUAACUAUGAUGAACAUUCAUACUUCUACAUGGGUCCAUUAGAAAAUAGAACAAAUGUUUCAGAAACUGACAAAGAGAAAUUGGAGAACAGUGAAAGUUGUGAUGUUACUGAAAGUGGCAAUAUAGAGGAAAACGAAUCAAGUAUAGAAAAAUGUUCUGAUGACCAGUCUGUGGGAAAAGUGUUUACAGUGCUAAACGUUCAGGGUGGCAAUUUUGAUCAAAAUAGCUGUAAAACAGAUGAUGAAAAAUUAAUUGAUCUGUGGCAUUCAACUCAUUCUUUAAAUUCAGAUAAAAGUGAAAAAAUCUCAGAUCUUAAAUCCAAAUUAACUUUACCACUGGAGGAAUUAUCUCCAGAUGAGAAAGCAAAUGCCAUUGCCCGCCAUAUUUCUUCACUGCCACCUUUUGUACCUCCAAAAAUGAAAACCUAUCCCACAAAGUUAUCUCCUGUACUAGAGAGAACAACACCAAAGAAAGAAAGACCAGAGCCGCUAGAUCUUUCUCUCAGUUCUGGUAAAGCUGAAUCUCCUGUAUUGAGUCCAAGCCUGAUGAAACAGCAGGCUAAAGCAACAUUACGCAUAACCCCACCGUCUGAAGAUGAGAAUGGAAAAAUCUGGAUUCCAAGAACUGCACAAGACACUGCAGAGACUGUGGAACCACCGCCAGAAACCAAAAGCUCAACUUUGGUUGUAGAUAUCAGUGAUCUUGGGGAAACAGAUAGCAUAUCACUUUCCUCAUUGGAUAGUUAUUGCCAUGGCGAGGAAGUUGUUCGAAGUAGUCCUGCCUCCACCAUACUGCGUCCCAGGUCCGGUAAGGAAUAUCAGAAGAUAGAGCGUCGUAGAACAGUUGAUGAAAGCAGUACAAGUCCACUGACAACUCCACAAUCACCUGCAACUGGUUCAGUGUUUACAUUUGACAAUUAUGGAACUGUAUCAUUAAGCAGUGGAGUGAGUGGUCAGGGUGAGCAACACUCUCCUAAAGUCAUUAAACCAAGCCAGUCUGAACAAGUGAGCAUGUGUGCUGCAAGUCUGCGAAGUGAAAGUGUGCAGUCACCAAGGGCAUUGUAUAUGAAUAUAGAUUUCACUGACUUCACUCCACCUGAAUCUCCACUGUUGCCACCCUGCACUGCCUCUCAGCCGAUGGACCAAAUGGAGCCUAUGCUGAAUUAUGCAGAGAUAGAUCUGAGUGAGUCAGGGAGGAAUGAUAGUUCCGCUCAGCUCAGAAAGCUCAAUUAUGCCGAGAUGGAUUUGAGUUCACCUGACACUUCAAGAUUUGCAAGUGUUCGUCAAACGAAGAAAGGUAAAAAGACUCCGGAACCAGUUCCCAUUGAAUACUCUAUGAUUGACAUGGUGGCUACAAGGGCAGCUCAGAAGGCAAGGAAAGAACAUGCUAUAAGUCGGGAUGGUAGUUUAAGACGGGACCGGUUCCAGUCAGUGCCAAGCUCUAUGUUCAGUACCAAAGAAAGGCUUGGAACAGUUACUUCUAAAGCAUUUGAUCGUAAACAAAGUACAGCAAGUGCAGCUGCUCAGAGUACCAGCUCUGUUGACUCUACAAACAUUUAAUUGUUGGUACCUGCUGAAAUACUUGUGAAAUGUGCUAAAACUUAAGUUAUUUUUGUCAUAUUUUUGCUUUUUGCAAGGAUGUGUAUCAUUCAAUCACUGGUUGUGUAGCCUCGUUUUAUUUUUGUCAGUGCCCUUCGAAGAGGGCUUUUUCACAUAAUUCUCAAGAAAAGUUGAAAACUGUUUUUCUGAAUGUAAUGGUUCCUUGGAUUUGAAUAACUUUUUUUAUCAUAUUAGACUACCAGAAAGAAAAGCAAAUUUAUCAUUUUUGUGUUUCAACAUUUAAAAGUUACUUUGUGACUCAGCUUGGAUAAGUUAGUUUUCACAAAACAGGAAGAGGUUGGAAAUAUUCCUUGGAGUGCCCCUGAGUCAUAGGCAUAGAAAUUCUGUAAAGCUAAUGUUACAGUUGUACCUAACUAGAUCAUUGCCUUUCAGGUGAAAUCAUUUAAAAGUCUUAACUAAUUACAAGUUCUAAGCUCAUUAGUAUUUCUUCUAUACAGAGUUUGUUUUUAGCUCAUCUGAUUUUUUGAGAGAGAAAAAGAUGAGUUAUUGUCAUCACUUGAUCGGCGUCGGCAUUGCCUGGUUUAGUUUUGUGUUUAGGUCAGCUUUUCUACUACACUAUCAAAACUAUUGCUUUAAAACUUGCAACACUUAUUCACCAUCAAUAGCUGACUCUGUACAGCAAGAAACAUAACUCCACCCACUUUUUGCAAGAAUUAUGGCCCCUUUUGGACUUAGAAAAUAUCAGAUUUUUAGCUCACCUGUCACAAAGUGACAAGGUGAGCUUUUGUGAUCGCAUGGCGUCCGUCGUCCGUCCAUGCGUGCGUGCGUUCGUGCGUGCGUAAACUUUUGCUUGUGACCACUCUAGAGGUCACAUUUUUCAUGGGAUCUUUAUGAAAGUUGGUCAGAAUGUUCAUCUUGAUGAUAUCUAGGUCAAGUUUGAAACUGGGUCACGUGCGGUCAAAAACUAGGUCAGUAGGUCUAAAAAUAGAAAAACCUUGUGACCUCUCUAGAGGCCAUAUUUUUCAUGAGAUCUUCAUGAAAAUUGGUCAGAAUGUUCAUCUUGAUGAUAUCUAGGUCGAGUUCGAAACUCGGUCACGUGGGGUCAAAAACUAGGUCAGUAGGUCUAAAAAUAGAAAAACAUUGUGACCUCUCUAGAGGCCAUAUUUCUCAAUGGAUCUUCAUGAAAAUUAGUCAGAAUGUUCACCUUGAUGAUAUCUAGGUCAAGUUCGAAACUGGGUCACGUGGGGUCAAAAACUAGGUCAGUAGGUCGAAUAAUAGAAAAACCUUGUGACCUCUCUAGAGGCCAUAUUUCUCAAUGGAUCUUCAUGAAAAUUGGUCAGAAUGUUCACCUUGAUGAUAUCUAGUUCAAGUUCGAAACUGGGUCAUGUGGGGUCAAAAACUAGGUCAGUAGGUCUAAAAAUAGAAAAACUUGUGAUCUCUUUAAAGGCCAUAUUUCUCAAUGGAUCUUCAUGAAAAUUGGUCAGAAUGUUCACCUUGAUGAUAUCUAGGUCAAGUUCGAAACUGGGUCACGUGCGGUCAAAAACUAGGUCAGUAGGUCUAAAAAUAGAAAAACCUUGUGACCUCUCUAGAGGCCAUAUUUCUCAAUGGAUCUUCAUGAAAAUUGGUCAGAAUGUUCACCUUGAUGAUAUCUAGGUCAGUUUUGAAACUGGGUUACGUGCGGUCAAAAACUAGGUCAGUAGGUCUAAAAAUAGAAAAACCUUUUGACGUCUCUAGAGGCCAUGUUUCUCAAUGGAUCUUCAUGAAAAUUGAUCAGAAUGUUCCUCUUGAUGAUAUCUAGGUCAGGUUCGAAACUGGGUCACGUGGGGUCAAAAACUAGGUCAGUAGGUCGAAAAAUAGAAAAACCUUGUGACCUCUCUAGAGGCCAUAUUUUACAUGAGAUCUUCAUGAAAAUUGGUGAGAAUGUUCACCUUGAUGAUAUCUAGGUCAGAUUCAGAAGUGGGUCACGUGCCUUCAAAAACUAGGUCAUUAGGUCAAAUAAUAGGAAAACCUUGUGACCUCUCUAGAGGUCAUAUUUUUCAAUGGAUCUUCAUGAAAAUUGGUCAGAAUUUUUUAUCUUGAUGAUAUCUAGGUCACAUGUGCUCAAAAACUAGGUCACUAUGUCAAAUAAUAGAAAUAACGACGUCGUACUCAGUUCAACACUAGGUCAUGUGGGGAUAGGUGAGCGAUUCAGGACCAUCAUGGUCCUCUUGUUUGGUUAAGUUUUGUGUUUAGGUCAAUUUUUCUCCUUAACAGUCAAAGCUAUUGCUUUAAAACUUGGAGCAGUUAUUUGCCAUUAAAAGCUGAUUCUGCACAGCAAGUACCAUAACUCUGCAUUGCUUUUUGCAAGAAUUAUGGCCCCUUUUGGACUUAGAAAAUCAGAUUUCUUGGUUAAGUUUUGUGUUAAGGUCAGUUUUUAUCCAAAACUGUCAAAGCUCUUGCUUUAAAACUUGCAACACUUGUGCACCAUCAAAAGCUGACUCUGUACAGCAAGAAACGUAACUCCAUCCUGCUUUUUGCAAGAAUUAUGACCCCUUUUGGACUUAGAAAAUAUCAGAUUUCUUGGUAAAGUUUCUAUUAUACAGAGACAAAAAAAUCAGAUGAGCAUCUGCACCCGCAAGACGGUGCUCUUGUUUAUAUGUUGUGUUCUCUUCAGGUUUAAUUAGAAAGAUUUGUUUGUCAUACAUUAUGCAGAUGGUUUUUACACUUUAUAUUUGAAACUUCUAAACUAGAUCAUAGAGAAAUACUGUAUUUAGUAAGUUACUCUGGUGUAUGUUUUUGAAUGUUUAAGUUUCUGCUAUGCCUAUUUAAGUUAAGAAUUGUCAGCAAGUUUGUUGAGCUUAGUGAAGAUUUCACUCAGAAAUUAUAUCCUAAACAGCCAUAUUUUCUUCAGAAGGGAAGAGGCUUUUUUUUUCUCUCUGAUAAAAAACUGUCAGUUUUGUCAUACAUAACAAAAGCAUACAACUUGUAAAGUUGCUGACAGACACAGUUGCUUUUAAUUUGCAAAUUUUGAUUCAUACUGGUCACACUUUAAGUGUACAGACUGUUUGAUUCACCUUUUCUGUAACAAGGUUGCUUUUUAAUUUGUUUUAUACAUUUGUACUUUCUUGCUGUUUUCUUCUUUUAAGAAAGAUCAAAGUUUUUAAUUCAUUUUUACUUAAAAGAAAUUGUGAUGUUUUUUUAAUAUUUUGUUCAUACCUUGUGUAAUAAAUCAAUAGGUCCUGUUUCCUGAUAUUGGAAAUCAUAUAGGGUAAUUUGUUCGGCAUUGGUCAUACCUUUGACCAGCAGUUAUAGAGUGCUAAGUGAGCUGGUCUGCUAUUUUCUUGCUCUAGUUUUUGUUUCGUUAGAGCUUGAAAUGAAAGCAGAACUAAAUAGUUCCUGAAAUUUAAUUUAUUUUAUUUUCAUCAUGUACAAUUGAUGGUAUUGUUCAUUCAUCUAUUGUCUGUUACAAUGGUGCUUUUUGUAAAAUCUGUGUCAUAUAGUAGUUUUAUUUUAAAUUGCCUAAGUAGAUUUGAUCAUAGAUCAUUUAACAUUAGUAGCACCUGCAUAUUUUAAUUGUUGAAUUAGGAAUUGCAUCUCUCAACGAUGUCAUUUUUAAUAUGAAAACCCUUUAAUGGUGAGUUUGCAAGCCAGUUAAAAUUUGAUGUUUUUACCAAGAUCUUGUUGCUCAAGUACACAGAGGCAGUAGUACUUAUGUUAACAGAUAGUUCAUACCUGUGCAGUGCUACCGUUUUGGAUCAUAGGUUCUGAGUUUACGAGAUUGUCUGAGUGGCAGAUUACCAUAACUUGUCCCUUGUGGGGAAAAUGACAAACUACAUAUUGCGCAUUAUGGUGUCAUAUUAUGACGUCAUAAACUAUAUUCAGAAUCCCCAUGUUUUAGUUGUGCUUUCCAAUAUUUUUGAAAAUGUUGCACACAUGAUAGCAUUAACAGUUGGGACGAAAAUGAUGUAACAUAUCUUCUUGUGUAAGAGAAGUGUUUUCCCAACCUUUAGGGACAGCAGGGAUAAGAAACCUUGCUGUUGCUCGAAGUCUUCAUUUCAUGCUGUCUUUCAGGUUGGGAAAACUCUGUCCCUCAGAAGGGCAUGAAAGAUCCUUACCAUAUUGAGAGCUGCAAUAACAUUUGAUGUUUUUAUUUCUGUUCUUCCAAGUCAGCAUGACACUCAAAACCCAGGGUUUAUUUUAGUAAGCAGUGAUUUGUGCAGUUUUAAUCCCCAGAUAAUUCUAUCAUCAUACAGGUUUUGUAACUGUCAGUUUUUGUUAUAGUACUAAGAUAUUUUUAUUGCACUCUACCAAGAUUAGCUCAGUAAUAUGGAAGCCAGGCAGUGUGUUACUGAAAUACUCCUGAAAAAAGGUGGUAAACACAACAAAAUGACAGUUGUUUUUGUUGUUGAUUAGUCAUUUGAUCAAUUUUCUUACUAAAUAUGUGGCUUGGUUGGGUUUAUACCUGGCUGUUUCAUACAAGUUAUUUUGUUAGGAUAAGCUGGUGCUUCCUACAAGAAAACCAUGGACCAUCCACUGAUGGUUUUGAUACUAUUUCACUUUUACCUUUUCUAUUUUAUAUGUUUUUACUAUCAUUCUUUCUGUCAUAUAUUUAAAUGACAAAAUAGGGUAAAAUUUGGAAAUCUGAUAGUGUAUAUAUAAAAAGCCAGAACACAGGAUCCACUUGUGUUGUUGGGUUGCAAAUCUUUGAAAUUGUGAAGUAUUGCUUAAUGCCAUGACAGGUCAUGUGUUCCAGUCACAUUUUAGUUUUAGAAUAGUCAAUAGUUCUACAGUUAUUUGCCAAAUAAAAGUUCACAGAAAAAACGUAUUUUCUCAAAAUUUUGUACUGAUAUCAGUGAAUUGUCAGAAAUUCAAAACUAUAUAUGUGUAUUUUGGUAAAAUUUAUUAUAUUUGAAAUAUAUUAAAUAUCUAAAUUUUUGAAUGCUGAUGUAUUUUGAGACUGGAAUCAAAAGUAUAAGAAAUAUAUGUUAGUCUAUGAGAAAAAUAGCUUUGUGAAAUUUCAUUUUGCGUAUCUUUGUGUCAAGGUGUUGCUAAGUAAACUUAUAAGGACUAAACACCUAGGGUUUACAAGCAAUACUAGGCUUUAUUUUAAAAUCAUAAAUUGGCAAACUAUGAACAAUGUGAGCUAUGUACAAUGCUGGCUAUGAACAGUGUGAGCUAUGGGCAUUUGAGGUAUGAACAAUGUAAGUUAUGAGUAAUGUGAGCUAUGAACAAUGUAAGCUAUGAAUAGUGUGAGCUAUGAACAAGAAAUAUUUCUCAGGUUGUGAUGUGAUCCAGAACUUCGUUUUAACAUUGGGUAUAUAAUUGUCUCAGACCUUUUGACAGAUGUUAUCUUACAUUAUUUUUUUAAGUUUUUGUUGUUUUCUACAGUUUUAAUACUUUGAUUUUAUUGUGUUAUUGUUCUUUGUCACUGCUAGUCGUGUAAAAAGUGUUUAAUGCAUAAACAAUGUUGUUGUUGUUUUUUUGUGUGCUUUAUUUUCAGAUUAAAUGCUACCAUUAGGUAACACUUUUCAUACUCUGUUGUGAGUUAUUAGAAAAAUAUUUUUAUUGACAGCAAUAUCUAAUACCACAGUUACAUCUUCUCAGCUUUUCAGAACUACAUGUGUAUUAUAUUUUAGUAUAAAUGUGCUAAUAUU